CCUAUGGAAUUUUAAAUCUUAUCAUUUCUCAUCAGUGAUCGAUGGACUAUGUGUCUGAGUGCAUCUCAUUAUAUAUACUGUUUGCAGCCAAGGAAUAUUUAUUCAAUUCGUCAUGCCGGAGAUUCCUGUCGUCGACCUGUCCAAUAUGGAUUUACACAAAGAUCGCAUCACGAACGAAUUAGACAAGGCUUUUUCGACUGUCGGUUUCGUCUAUUUGAAAAAUCAUGGAAUAGACCAGGAAAAGGUGGACAACCUGUUCAAAGCUUCCAGAAAUUUCUUUCAACUACCAGAGAACGUGAAAAAAGGUUACCCACGCGAUAGAGAAAAUUUUGAUGGAUACACUGGAAGAGACCAAGAAAUAUUAGAAGACAGCAGCUCGCAUGAAGUCCGUGAGGCUUAUGAUGUCACCUCUCCCGCCAGUCGUUAUCCGGACGAUAGCACCCCGGAAUUCCGUCUGGCUACCUGCGAAUUGGCCAAAUCAUUACGUCAACUGACUACCAACCUGUUGAAAUUCAUGGCUGUCGCCUUAGGUUUAGACGAAGAUUACCUGAACAGCCGGCACCGAUACGUUUUCGAUGGCGUGGAUAAGAACGGGACCAUGUUACGUUCUCUUUAUUACCCUUCGCUAACUGGUGAUGAUAUACAGCCGGGGGUAGUCCGAUGUGGAGAGCACACUGACUACGGUACCAUCACUUUACUACUCCAAGAUGAUAUGGGGGGAUUAGAGGUGUUAUCUGGUAAGGAAUGGGUAGCAGCCGUUCCCAUUGCCGAAACUGUCCUCGUCAAUCUGGGUGACUUGAUGCAAUUUUGGACUUCGGAUCGUUACGUUGCCACUGUAAAAAAACAAUUAGAUACGAGUUUAUUAUUGAGAUUAUUUCUUUCCCUGUUGAGUGGUAACGAUGGAAACCCCAAUGGCCAUUUCGAAACAUUUUUCAAGAAUUUCGAUAACGAGACGGGCGCCGAUAGUUUCAUCGUCCCCAACAUCAUCCACUUUAUCCGCUUCGACAAAUUCCCGCUGGGCUUCGUCGAUUACGUCGUGUUGAAAGCGGCGAUGCGUAACCACAAACCGGACAAGUUUUUCUUCCACACCGACGUCAAGAACGCCACAUGCGAUGGAAAAUACUGGGACCUGGUGAAGAAAGACCGGGACUUGUGGUCCCGCAUUGAAGUCAAGUACCUGGAAGCUCCAACGGAAAUUUUCGGUCAACAACUCAGCGAAGAUUUUCGUUUGUAUCACGGCAGCGACAUCGCACGCAUCCGCGUUUUGAUGCAGUACGGAGGCAUCUACCUGGACAACGAUUGCUUCGUCAUCCAUUCACUGGACAAGUAUCGCAAAUUUGAAUGCGUCGUCAACUGGGAUGAGGAUCAAUUCCUGGGCAAUCAGGUCUUCAUCGCUCACAAGAAUUCACGCUUCCUGGCACUCUACCUGGAAUCUUACAAGGACAAUUAUUAUCCGGAUAGAUGGUACUACAAUGGCGGGGAAAGGCCGACAACAGAAAUCCUUUUUCACCAUCCGCAUUUGAUCCAUCGAGUGAAAGGCGAUUUUGGAGCCGACACGGAAGUUGGAUCCAAUCUCUUCACUGAUCCCAAUUACGAUUGGCGUCGUUUUGACAUCAUUCACAUGCUGAUGGGCCAUCGCUACUACAUGGAUCCCCAUUUCAACGAGACGGAGGAAUUUGACGAGGGCAACAUUCGCACGUACAGGUACACAUUUGGCACCAUGGCCCGUGAAGUCCUAGAUUUAGAACCGGAUUUUUCUCUUAGUCCAUAAGUUACCAAACGGACUUGACCUAAUUGCCAAUUUUAAAACAAACAAA